GAUGUCCCAAAUAAAUUAUACUCUGAAUCUAGCAUAAAAUAUCUGAUUAUCAACACUUCAUCGCCCAAUUUAAACUGACAUGCUGCUUGUGUUUCUGAGAGCACGGCCCAGUUGGCUGUUUAGUCCAUUGAUACAUCUAACUUCUGUCAUCCACUCUUUACUUUCCACCCCUCUGCACUCUCUCACAGCUUAAACCGUCAGUCUUCCCCACAACAGAGCGAGUGUCUGGUGGCACCGUGGUUACUAGAGUUGGUCGGGUAUACCUUUGUUUCAGGUCAGGACUUCCAGACAUCCCUCUACUAAUCAACCUGUUUUUGCCUUGUACCUGGUUUCUGCCGACCUGUCCAGGAUGUGGCCACUGCUGCUAGGUGUCUUCACCGUUCUGCUGGCGGUAUGGGUGGCCAUCUCAAUUCUAAAUUAUUCCAGGAGAAAGACAGUGUUUUCCCAGGAGUGCCUGCGACCCCCUGGCCCGUUGGUAACAGACAGGAAACUGAGAGAGGAGGUGCUGAAGAAAGGUUUCAGAGUGGACCGCGUCCCGGAGAACCUCGAUGCUAUAGUGAUCGGCAGCGGUAUCGGUGGGCUGACAGCAGCGGCAAUUCUGGCCAAAGCAGGGAAGAGAGUUGUGGUUCUGGAACAGCACGACCAGGCUGGGGGGUGCACUCACACCUUCGAGAACCAGGGCUUUGAGUUUGACGUGGGGAUUCACUACCUGGGCCAGCUACAUGACAACAGCAUGUUCCGUGUGGCUCUGGACCAGAUCAGCGAGGGGCAGAUUCAGUUCAAAAAGAUGGAGCAGCACUUUGACACACUGGUCUUGGGUCAGGGGGAAGACCGCAGGGACUAUCACAUCCUCGCCGGGAAGAUAGAAAUGAUGGAGAGCCUGAAGAGACAGUUUCCUGACGAUAAGCAGGCUUUGGAAGAGUAUUUUAAGUAUAUGAAGAAGGCAGCCCGGCGUAUCAACCUCCUGGCUGGCCUGAAGAUGAUGCCGAUGUGGCUGGUACACUUCCUGUCUCGCACUGGCCUAUUAGAGCGUAUCUCUACAGUGUUCCGCAUGGCCAUCACCAAACACACAGAGAAGAUGGCCACCCUCACCAAGAACAAAGACCUACAUGCCCUUUCUGCAUACCUCUUCUAUGGUGUUCCACCUAAGGAGGCCAGUUUUCUGAUUAACACUCUGCUGCUCCAGCACUAUAAGAGAGGAGCUUACUACCCCGUAGGAGGUGCCAGUGAGAUCGCCUUCCACAUCAUCCCAGUCAUCCGGAAGGCAGGUGGCGCUGUGCUGGUCAGAGCCCCAGUGCAGAGGAUCCUUCUGGAUGAGGAAGGCUCGGCCUACGGUGUGACGGUCAGGAAAGGUCAGGAGGAGGUGAAGGUGUUGGCUCCAGUGGUCAUCUCCAACGCUGGCAUCUUCAACACCUUUGAGAAGUUCCUGCCUCCAGAGAUCCAGGCCAAGCCAGACAUCCAGGCCCUGCUGGGGAAGGUUAAACAUGGCAUGGGCAACUUCCUGGUCUUUGUCGGCCUGAACGGCACCAAGGAGGAGCUGGGCAUCAGCUCUAUGAACUAUUGGAUGUACAAACACAACGACCUGGACACACUGAUGGAGAGUUACAGCUCUCUAAAGCGCGAGGAGGUUGUGGGGAACAUACCCAUGAUGUUUAUUCAUUUCCCCUCAGCCAAAGACCCCACCGCCGCCACCCGUCAUCCAGGGAGGUCCUGCAUGACUCUGCUGAGCUUGGCCAAGUUCGAUUGGUUUGAAGACUGGAAGGACACCAAGCUUAGUAAGAGAGGGUCCGAUUACGAGGACCUGAAGAUGAGCAUGGCCAGAGAGCUCCUGGACUGGGCUCUAGUUGUCUUCCCUCAGCUGAGGGAUAAGGUGGUGUUCAUGGAGGCGGCCACUCCCCUGACCAACAUGCACUACCUGGGCGCCCCGCGAGGGGAGUGGUAUGGCGCUGAACACAACCUGGACCGGUUCAGCCCAGAGGUGGUUGCCAGAACCAGACCGCCGACACCCAUCAAGGGACUCUACAUCACAGGCCAGGACGUGUUCUGUAACGGGAUGGCCGGCGCUCUACACGGAGGAAUCCUGUGUGCCUCGACGGUUCUGAACCGCAUUCUCUACAUGGACUUGCUGGCUCUGAAGAAACAGCUGAAAAAACAGGCCAGUGAAAAAGCUCGUAUGAAGGCCUGAAGGACUUCUUUGGACACGGCGCUGACCUCGGACAUUCAUUAUAUAGAUCCUGUGAGCUUCUGAGUGUCAUAUUGUGUCACCGUGUGCGUUUUACAUAACAGCGCCUGUGUCAUGUGACUGGGCCAUUUUGACAUAUAGAAUAAAAAAUACUGCAACUUACGGUACGCUUGUUAUGGUCACCUUGUGCCCUCACCUUAUCCCUCUUCGAGGUAGUUAAAAAACAGUCAUAGCUGUAUUUUUCUAGGUUGUUAAUGAUUUCCGAUCUUUAGCCAGAUCACACCAGGCAGAAACAUGGGCGUUCUAAACUUUGUUUUCAUUGAAAGGUUACCGUUAAGACAACUCAUCAAAACUAAAUUUUGCAAAGUGAAUAAUUCACAUUGGUCCAGUCCACUGUUGGAUGAUUUGACUAGACAUUUUAUAGUUAAAGUAACAAUAUUUUAUUCUGUAGAUAAUGAAGAUUUGACUAGACUCUUUAUAGUAAUAGUAUUUUACUCUGUAGAUUAUGUUUUUGUGUUCAGUCUACUGCUGCAACACUUGUUACAAUACCUUAACUUGUUCUCCAAGUACAGUCCCCCAGGAACCAAUUUUCAGCUUUUAUAUUUUAGUAAUUGAUCAGAUGCUCUUAGUGGAGCAAAAAAGGGUUAAAUGUUUUUCUCAAACACAGAACCACAGAUUUUUUCCUUUGCUGGCUCAGGGAUUUGACUGAGCAACCUUUGAUUCAAAUAAAGACAGCAAAAAAAUAACGUGGCUGCACUUCAUGGCUCAAUACAAACAGUGUGACUGGAACAGGACUUUGAUCUCCCAUGCUAUUAAAACCACCUAAAACAUUCACAAUCGGCUAUGAUGCUACAUAAAACUGUUUACAUAUUCCAGUUAUUUUGGUGAAUCACAGUCACUAAACCCCUCCAGUAGACUGAGGUUUUGGUUCCCCAUGUUAAGGCCAAGGCUUUAGCUCAUCAGCAUAACACUGUCCAUGGAACACAACAGACUCUGGUUUUAAACAUUUGGUAAAUGGUAGUAUUGUUCAUACAUACAUUUUAUGAACCAAAGCUGUGUUGGAUUGGUAGCAAGGAGGUAUCUCAACUGCUCAACCUGUAGUCUAGUCAUAAACACUGUUCAUACAUGGCUUUAUCAUGUCUGCACACAUUUUUAGGCAGGCGUUGAUGAUUAAAACAUGCAUUUUAAAGGCAGCUAUGAACUAAUAUGAUUUCAUCAAGGUUUUCAGUGACAGUCAGUGAAAGGGUUUUAUCAUUGCUUAAUGACCUACCAUUAGCCAAAGUCCUAAUAUUAUUGAAGUAUGAAUCUAUGAUUGGGCAGCGGUAAUAAAGCCUGAAAGAAAAUGUUUAAGAGGCGUGUCAAUGACACUAUGUCGGUCAGUCACAUGGCGAAGAUAAUCAGUUGUCUGUUCAAUAUCUUACUAAUAGGCUUUCAUAAAUCAUCUUACUGGGUAGAGCUGUUAUGAAACCGAUGGGGUUAAAGAGCAUAGAAGAUGUGUGGAAGCAUCAGACAUGACUGACACAGAAGAGAACAGAUUGGAUCUUCAAAAUGGAAAACAGACUUCAUUCCAGAUGUCAAAAAACAUUUAAAUAAACUACCAUAUUAUCACAGAUCAAGGCCCACAACAAUAAUACUUCAUCAUAUUAACAGUUUUGAGUAAGGCUUACAAAAAUACAAUUUAUUCAAGAUUUUUGAAUAUUUACACAUGUACACAGAGCAGGUGGAGGGACAAAUCUUGCUUCACAGGACACACAUUCAUAGACGUCCAUAAUCCCACGCUUGCCACAUAAGCCGAUUCAUCCUUUUCCCACAGGGCGCCUCCCAAACACACCUUU